AUGGCAUCAGCCGUUUUGGCGAGUCAGAAUGAAGGCUAUUGGGGCGAAAGAAAUGUUUACAUGAAGAAAUAUAAUAGUACUACACCUCCUCUCACCACCCGGUUGAAUCCAAACCAUAUUAUCAAUCCGAUUCUAACCCCAAUUCCAAACCCUAAACCUAACCCUAGUUUCAGACAGAUCCAUGAACCCUCACCUAGAGCUCAUUUCCGACAUACCAAUGAUCCAUCUACGAGGCCAGUUCUGCCGCUGGUUUCCUCAGAUAAACAGCCAGCGUACACGUAUAAGCCUAUUUCUGUCCAAGGCGAGUAUAUGAUGUACAAUUUGAAUGAGUUUUCUAGAAGAGAGAAGAAAGGGCUCAAAAAGCGCUUGUUCUCGGAUCUAGAUCGGGUCAGGAACCUUUUGAACCGGAUUGAGUCUCGAGACCAUGGGGUUCGUCCCAGUAUCCCCUUUUGGCCAACUAUUGUUCAACCAAAUUCGCUUGCAGUGGAGGUUCCGACUCAGAAGCAGACAAUGAAAACCACCGGGAAGAACAAUGGCAAGAAGCAUUUGGGGAAGAGGCGAGGAGCAGGGGCACACUCAUAUCCCUAUGACAGAAAGCCAAAGCGGCCUUUUGUGGUUUCUAACUUAUCAAUGAACAAGGUUCAUAGUAGCAUGAUGAAGAGGUGUCGUCAGAUUUUGACGAAAUUGAUGAAGCACAAACAUGGCUGGGUUUUCAAUACUCCCGUUGAUGUCAAGGGUUUAGGGCUUCACGAUUACUAUCUAAUUAUCAAGAGUCCGAUGGACCUUGGUACUGUGAAAUUUCGGCUGGAAAAGAAUGAGUAUGAAAGCUCUCUGGAUUUUGCAGCUGAUGUGAGGCAGACUUUCAACAAUGCUAUGAUCUACAAUCCUAAAGGGCAAGAUGUGCACAUCAUGGCAGAGACUUUACUCAGCCUGUUUGAAGAGAUGUUUAAUCAAGCGUGUAAGAAGUAUGAAGCUGACCAGAGGAAAGUCAAUGUUGCAACAGAGGCAGCUGCUGCAGCAGAGCAAUUGAAUCAUCCAAAAAAAAUUGCUGAAUCAGAACAUCUUCCAUUGCAGACAAGUUUGGAUGAACCAAUAUUGAUGGCUAGAACAUCUGAUGAUAUAAUGCGGCCACAAUUGAACUUACCGGCUGAGGUGCAGAAUAUUAAGUCACCUGUUUCGGUGUCUCCUUCUCUGCAACCAAUAACUAGGUCAGGGAAGUUGCCGAAGCCAAAAGCAAAGGAUCCCUACAAGAGGGAUAUGACUUCUGAGGAGAAGCAAGAGUUGGGGGCUGUCUUACAGGAGUUGCCUUCUGAGAAACUGGAUCAAAUGAUUGAAAUUGUGAAAAAGAGGACUUCAAAUUUGCUACAGGAGGGUGAUGAGAUUGAGGUUGAUAUUGAGAUUCUAGACAAUGAAACAUUGUGGGAACUGGAUAGGUUUGUAGGAUAUCACAACAAAGCUGUAAGCAAGUUUCAGAGGCAAAUGCUUUUUCAAGAGGUGACUCCUGCAAAACAGAUCCUUGCCCAGGAUUCGCCAAAAGAUGAGCAUGUGGAGACUGAGGGGCAACAAAUGAAGAAAGGGGAUGUGGUUGGGGAGGAGGAUGUUGAUAUCGGAGAGGAGAUUCCUGUAAAUAAUUUCCCCCCUGUGGAGAUUGAGAGGGAUGCUGUUGGUGCAAGUAAUGAAUCGAGCAGUUCUAGUAGCUCCAGUUCUGGCAGUGAUUCCUCCUCUUCCAGUGAUUCAGAUUCCGAGAGUUCUUCCAGGAGUGAUUCUGAUGAGGAUAGUGUACAGUCACCUUUUGUUGUAAACAAGGAUAACCCAUGCUAA